AAACGUACGCCAAAAAGCAAUCCCCGCUCCCCUCUCUCUCUCUCUCUCUCUCUCUCUCUCUCUCUUUUCUUAAACCCCAAUCCAAAGCAACGACACCCAAAUCCCCACAUCCACCGCCCCACUUUUGCCCUAAUCCCCUUCUCCACAUGCCUCGCGCCUACGGCGGCGGCGGCGGCGGCGGCGCAGGCGCCGUGAACGACCUCUCCGCCUCCGCCGCCCGCGGCGGUGGAUGCAGAUGCGGCGGCGGCGGCGGCGGCGGCGCGGAGGAGGCGGGGGUGGGGUGCCCGUGGCGGUGCCCUGCGUCCUCGUCCCGCUCCUCCUCGCGGGGCUCGGCGUCGCCGUGUUCAUCCUCGCCGUCGUCCACAACGCGCUCUUCCUCGCCGUGCUCCUCCUCGUCUCCGCCCUCGCCUUCGCCUUCUUCCGCUGGAACGCCGCCGCCUCCCGAUCCAAUCGCGCCCUCGUCCUCUUCCUCGAUCGCUUCCCCGCCUCCGAUCUCCGAUCCGCCGCCGAUGGCCAGAUCGUUAAGAUCACCGGGUUUGCUUCGUGUGGUGAUGUUCCUCUGGUUUCUUCGUAUGAGAAGGUUGGAAGAUGUGUGUAUACAUCCACGCUUUUCUAUAAAUAUAGCGGAUGUUUACCGAUGCUAGCAAAUUCCAAAAUCCGAUGCCUCCGGUGGGAUUUAGCAUCUGUAGAGAGGUUAGCUUUGGACUUUUACAUAACAGAUGCCAAAUCAGGUAUGAGAGCUUUGGUCAAAGCUGGCCACAACUCGAAAGUGAUUCCCCUGAUUGAUGAAAACGUUCUUGUUAACACUACACAUAGAAACAGAGAAGUAUCUUCGACAUUAAGCAAAUGGCUAGAAGAAAGAAACCUUUCUCCUGAAGCUCACAUGAUUCGUCUUGAGGAAGGGUAUAUAAAAGAGGGAAGGUCCUUGACCGUGAUGGGCAUACUGAGUAUAAAGAGUGGUGUUCUAAUGAUCAUUCCACCAGCUGAACCUAUUUCUACAGGAUGCCUAUUGAAGAAUUUUCUCCUCCCUGUCGAUUUUGACGGACUGCUUUUGAAAAUUUCUGACCCAAAUAACUUCAUGCCUGGCCUUGACGCUUCCAAUUAGCAGACAAUUCAGCUUUUUAUGCAGUUCCUUCCAUCAGUUUCGUUCCUAGUUGGCAUCCAGAAUUGGGGGGGUCUGGGUACCCACCAUUCUGAUUUUAGAGUAUGGCUUGUUUUUUUUUUUGUUUUUUCCCUUCAAUAAUUGAUGGGGUUCACUUGAUGAACUGAGUUUCCUCUAAGAUGUUGACUAAUCAUUUGUUCCCACAAAGUGCUGAAGUUAUAGGAAAUAGCACUUAUAAAGGUAGGUCUAAGAAAAUAUUGAGACAUUCAGAAAUGAUAGCUUAUAGUUUACUGUAGAAUCCUGAUAUCCAGAUCUCGAAAGAGUGGACUAACUAAGAUCCACAGAUAGGGACACAAGCCCCAAAUUUAUGGGCUCGCUCUUGACCUCAAUGGUAUCUUAUCACAGACCACUGGUGCUUUAGCUCUCGGUCCCUGAGAUUAUAUUACUCUAUU